AUGUCAGUCAAAGUACCAUUCUUCAUCGAACACGUCUCAUUUUCACCUAUCGCCGUCAAUAAUGCAGUCUCCACAGCGCCAAAGGAGCUCACAUUCGUCUACGAUGGCACUCCUGAAUUCGAGCAGGCAGCACGAUCGAUGGCAGAUGAGUGCCUGCUUUCAUACUAUAAUGGCAUCUAUUACAAUCUUCCAGAACAAGUCAAAGACAAGCAAUUACUCUUCUAUGUCAUUCGCGGUUCCCACAUUGGUGUAGUCACUGGCUGGGAGAAUGCAUUGAACUGCGUCCUGGGUGUUAACAAGCCUGAAUAUCACGAAGUUGUAUCUAUUGCGCUCGGGGAGCAACUGGUGAGGGAGGCGAUUGAUAAAGGCCAAGUAGAGAUGGUAGAUCCCUGGGGGCUCUGA